AUGAUAUUAGUUACAUUAGCUGCUAUAUUAGAGCUUGAAAUUGAAGUUUCCAUACCAGUUCAAACUGUAUCUAUAAGCUAUUUACGUUGCCUGAUUGAACAUGUGCGCUGUUACUUACUUGAUCGAGACAUUGAACUCAUUUACUACACGAUACGUAAAUCAAGUGAUGUAUUAACACGUGAUCCCAUGCAAUUAGGUUCUCAACUGAUAUCUUGGUUACGUCCCAUUAGCGAACACGAUGAAAACGAUAAUUCCUUGCUCAGCAUCACAGUACGUUCGGCUACCGCUUGGUGUGAUGGUUAUGCAGUGCCACUAUUAGUACCGCUUACGGGUUGGUUACCAGCGCCUUUACCUUCACAAAUACGUACAAUGACUGUAUCAGGUACUGGACCUAUACGUGAAAUAUGUGUAGCACCUUCUCGACAACAUUUGAUACUGUCCACAAACUCAGGUGAUGUGCAGAAGUGGCAUAUUAUGAGCAACUCUUUGGAAUAUAUUUUUAAAGGGCAUACUGCAGCUGUCACGUGCAUGUACGUCGCACCACAAUCUGAUAUGCUACUGACCAGUUCUGAGGAUGCCACUGUGAUUGUAUGGAACGUGACGACACACGAGCUCAAGACUCACAUCAAAACACAUACGUCUCUUGUCACAAGUGUUACAGUGGGUGUCAAUAACACCUUGGUUAUAAGUGGCGAUGAAGACUCAAAUAUUAUUGUUUCAGAUAUUAACAAUGGAAAAUUGGGCAAAACGUACUAUACUGAUGAACAAAAAUGA